UGAAAAAAAUGUCAAAAGACUAUUUACUAGACCUACCUAGGUACCUACUGGAAGAAUUUUUUUAUUUACUUUAAUAUUAAAUCAAAAUUACGACAAUGGCCAGCGUAGGAGACACCAACAUCGACCCAAGGCAUUUGACUUACGCUAAAUCCAGUGUACCCAUAAUAGGUGCUCUCAUUGAUUAUAUGGAGACAAGUCUGGAGUACCUCCGCCAGAAAACCUUCGCAAGAGCUGAGAGACUCCAGAUCAAAGCCACUAAAGCUACUCUAUCAGCUAGUUUUGUUGCCACAGUGUGUCUUUUACUUGGCUUGGUUUGCAAUGUAAAGUUUGAAGUGGCGACCUUCGAAGACCAACCAUUAAAGAAUGACUUACACUUUAUGCUGAUGAGCAAGGAUGAUAAGCUGUAUGCUGAUGAUAUUGAUGUUUCGAGAGUAAUAUGGUGUAUCGAAGCUUCUGAUACUCUUGUCGUUAUGCUGAGCACACUGCUGAUAUGGAACUCAUCUUACGUGCGUUCUCCUUUGAGCGAGUAUCUAUUCUUACCAUGGCUGGGAGCGACGCUGCGUGGGCUGUUCCUACGUCAGGUGCCCACCGCUGGGGCGCUGAUCUACACCAUCGCUGUCAUCAAUGGAAGCGUUAAUCCCCUUUUUCUGACCUCAUUCUCUUUUCUGUUUCUGCUAGAAGCUCGUCUGUGGCUUGAAAUCGCGCGACUGGUACGGAUGCGUUGGGAAAGGAGGGAAAAUUUGGAAGCCUCUCCCAACUCCCAGUAUGAAGUUCAAACUCUUUGGAGCAACGACGAUGCGCAGAGCGUGGAAGUUAGAAAUUACGUUUAUUAGACAAACCCCUCGGCCCAAUAUCUGUGAUUGUUCAUUGAUUUUCAGAGAGAUCGAUAUAAAAAAUUGUGAUAUCGAAAGUCUGCCGAAAAUAAUAAGUUAAAUACUUAGUUAUGUCAUAAAAAGUUUUGUGAAUUCAUUUUGUUUUUUCUGUGAUACUCUUUAUCGUUUUUACUGUGGUUAUUAAAAUUAUGUGUGUGUG